AUGGCUCUGAUGAUGAAGGCAUUGCGUGAGACGAUUCAGAUGAUGACACCCCAGCAAUCCGGUAGUCUGUAUAACCCACGGUUUGACAGUUUUCUGCAGAGGUAUUUGCCAUCACAAUCUGAAGAUGGUACGUCUUCUCGGAGUAACACCGCCCAUCCUGACCUUCAUACACCGCCACAACAACAGUACCAGCCUCCUCCACAGUAUCCGCCAUAUAUGUCAUCGCAACAACCUCCGCAAUAUCAAAAUCAAUACAUGUUUGGACGCUCUUCCCAGUCUCAUCCACUAUAUUGUAACUUUACCGACUUUACAGGAGGAUCGAUGCAGCAUCCGCAGCCUAAUCUUAGGUAUGGUGAGGUUGGAGGUCCGUCGCAGCAGCAGCCAUUUUCUAGGUAUGGUGAACUUGGGGGCUCCUCGCAGCAGCAGCCAUUUUUUAGAUAUGGUGAGUUUGGGGGCGGGUCGCAACAACAGGAGCAACCUUUUUUAUCCACCCCGAUACACCCACGACCACGGGAUCAGUUUGGGGACCUCACGCUUGGACAAUCUUCACAGCAACAUUAUAUUCCUUCACUACCACAACCACUGCCACAAACACAGCCACCGCCACCGCCACCGCCACCGCCACAUCAGAAUGUUGAAGAUAAAGAUAAUUAG